UCAGAGCAUUAUUUUGGUAAGGAGCUUCUAUUGCUUACCACUGCCAAUGCUUCCUGUUAUCUUGAAUUCAUCUGCACCCCUGCUAUAGAACUAAUAACUAGCACCGCUCACCGCUCACUGCCCGGCAACCCCAGCGAAGACGGCGGCGGGACUGGCAGUCAAUCUGACGGCAGACCGCUCGGUCUCACCGGUCUCAGGAACACGGGCAACACCUGCUUCCUGAACACAGUCGUCCAGUGCCUGAGCAACACACGCGCUCUCCACGAUUACAUCCUGCGCGAUGGACGCUCCUCAGAUGCCAGCAUGCCUGCCGCCGCUACGAAAGGGUCCCUCAUGAACACAUUCUGCGCUCUGAUACGCGACAUGUGGACAUCCUCGGACGAAACGGAGCGGGUGCUCACCACCGCACCACUCAAGUCGAUGAUCCAACGGCUCGCGCCGCGCUUCAUGGGCUCCCAGCAGCAGGACGCGCAGGAAUUCCUCAGAUAUCUGCUGGAGGGACUUCACGAGGACGUGAACCGGGUGACGAGCCGGCCAAAGCCGAUCACGACCGACAUCGACGACUCAAUGAGCGCCAGUCAAAAGUCAAUGGAGGCCUGGAAACGUUUCUUGCGCCUGGAAAACUCCAAGUUUGUUGACCUGUUCGUGGGCCAGCUCAAGGCUACCCUGCGGUGCACGGUAUGUGGCCACGAAUCGGUUACCUUCGACCCGUUCUGGGAUCUGAGUCUGCCAAUCCCGUCACGAAGUGGCCAGGUGCACCUACAGGCCUGUUUUGACCUGUUCACCAAAGAGGAGGUGCUCGAUGGCGACGAAAAACCGACCUGCUCAAAGUGCCAGAAGCACCAAAAGUGCACCAGGAGCCUCUCGAUCCAGAAGUUCCCGCGCAUCCUCGUGGUGCACCUGAAGCGGUUCUCUACUCAGGAGAGGUUCGGCGGAAAGCUGAACACCACUGUCGACUUUUCGAUGAACGGUCUGGACCUGUCGCCCUACUCGGCCGGACAGACGCCCUGCCGGUACAGCCUAUACGGCGUGGCGAACCACUCUGGCACGCUGCUCUCAGGACAUUACACCGCUUACUGCCGACACCCGUACACGGCAGAGUGGUACGAGUACAACGACUCGCGGGUCCACGUGAUGGAUCAGAGAAACGUCAACAGUGGAAAGGCAUACGUGCUGUUCUUUGAGCUGGCCGGCUCGAAACACCGCUCCGGCUCGACCCACGUCUAGUCAUCCAGUCACGGGAGAGGAGCCUGCGAUCGUCACCCGCUCGGGCCCUGUGUAGUCGCACCGGCCGGCGCACAUUCUGCACGGACAACUCUAGCCAGCGGCCUAUCGUGAUUUGUGAUAUUGGGUGUAAGGUGUUGUUAAAAACCAGAACGGUCUUUUUUUAUCGUGAACUGUAAACUGUCUCGGACUGCCCGGCUGAGGACUGCUGCCAAUCACCGGGCGGUUCGGAGUCCGACGACCGCAGCUGCUGUCCGUUGUUCGGGCUGCACCGUGCAACGUCUAAAAACGUCUGCAACG